AUGAGCCAAGAUUCAAUCACCACUACCCUUCCUAUUCCAUUCGAAGGACACAUGUCGAUUUUAGCAAGCUUGGAUGGGUUGGUAUGUGUAGCCUUGAGGGAAACUCGAGAGUUAGCCUUUUGGAAUCCAGUGACGGGUGCCUACAACAAGUUCCACACUAGUUUCUACAAUGAUAUGUUUAAUGGCGCGUUUGCUUUAUAUAUCGACUCUUCUAACGAUUACAAACUUGUACAUAUAGUUUCCGAGGGUGCUUUUAUCUACUCGCGGAGAUUAGACUCAUGGAGAAAGAUUAAUCAUCCGUCUUUAGAUAUUAGCGAACUUAUAUCGAAUUACGAUUGGUCGCUGGCUACUUUCUUUGAGGGAAAAGUUUAUUUCAGAUUGUUAAAUAGGAGUCUACUUACAACAGUUACAAGUGAAAGGUGCAUCAUCAGUUUUGAUGUAGAGUCUGAAAAGUUUAAGGAAAUAUUAUGUCCAUGCAGUGAAGGUUACGGUGCGAGUUUAGUGGUUCUCAAUGACUGCAUUCACUUGGGGGUGGUUGAUGAUGAUGGUUUGAAGUGUGAUUUGUGGAGGAUGGAUGGUGAUGGGUGGAUAAAAGUGGCGGCAUUCUCGCACUCGCAUAAGUUUAGUGAGUGGUUGAUAUGGAGGGAUAUACAUAUCAAGAAGAAUGGGAAUUUGCUUGCGAUUUGGGAGGACAAUGAUUCUUUUAAGAAUGUAGAUAUGGAAGACUUGUUAACAGACUUUUAUUACGUUGGUCGUGGGAACUGGCCGCAUGAAAAUCUAGGAGCGAUAUACAUUGAGACCCUUGUGUCGCCAAAUCCCUAA